AUGGAGGAUGACAGUUGCGAGCCCGCUGUAUAUCAGCCAGCGUUUGAAGAUAACGCAUGCUCAGUUCCACUCAUUCUUGUUUUGGUCUAUUUCAUUUCAAGAGGUAACUCGUUGGCUAAAUAUUUCUCGAUUUCUACAGAAACACUCAACAGAGUAGAAAUGGCAGAAUCCGACUGGGACUCAGUAACUUACUUGCGAAAGAAAACACCUAGAGCGGCAGAACUGAAAUCUAAACAGGUAUCUGAUUCCUUAAUAUCAUUAUUAUGAUAAUGCAAGAUUCAGCAGAAAAGUGAAAGAAUGGAAGAUUUUGGUAAAGUAAGCUAGCUUACAUCAGAAAAAGUAAUCACUGUAUUUAUCUGAGAACUUGCAUAGUCGUUCAUUUCAUAUACUUCGUUACAAUGAUGUGAAACCCAUAGCUUAGACAGUGAAAACUGGAUUGUAAACCGCUGGGACAAGCAUGCAACAACUCUCACCAAUCCAGAGUGUAGUGGGGUACUGUCCUAAAAUUGCCAUACGAUUUUGGGUUACCCCACGGAUUUUUAUCUUGGAACUCCUGAUCUAGAACUUGCUGCCAUAUUUGAGUGAUUAAAUUAUAUGGGAUGUGUUGUGCAAACAUAGAUUAAAUAAUUGUACAUGAAAAAAUCCAUAACCUGUUUACCAUGAAUUAAUUUCAAACACAUGUAAGAACUUUCAACUCUUCAUUAAUUUCCAUCUAAAAAAGAAAGUUGGGCUAAAAAAUCCCAAAGCAAUUACACUCAUGCCAGAUCCUCUAGGGAAAAAAUCGUUCUUGUAAUAAAUCUAAUCCUACCUGGCUCGUGAACGCAGCACAUCUGGAAAUUAUACACAACUUGUAAAAGACGAUUUCUCGAUAAUAAACAGAUAUAAUCAUAUACAGCAUAAAUAAAUGAAUAUUAAAGUUGACACUUAUAAAAGCUCUUGAAAAGUUGGAAUCUUUGGAUUACUAAAUCCUUAAAAUUCUGUUAAGAUCUUUUCCAUUUUGGCUGCAAAUGUGUUCUGAGGAGAUCCAAGUUUACUGACCAAUUUAGCCCCAACCUACUCAAAAUUCACAAUACCUGAGAUAGUUUCUAGCCAGAUUUACCUGUAAUUAAAUGGUUAUGUUCAAAAAAUGUUUUUUUUGGUGCCUUUAAGGCUGUUGCACAAGCACAAAGACAUGGUGGCCAGGUGGAAACAUCACAAAAAUGUAAGUUGAACAAUUGAAAAGUUUACUUUUGAAUAAAAAUGGCAACUUCAUUUCUUGAAUCAACCCAGAAUUACUCUACUCUUUAUCCUCAUGAAUUUCAUUCAAAAUUGCUCAUUUUAGCUUUCAAAGAAUAUUGAAAACUAGAAUGUGACACCAUGUUGUUACAGAAGCUGAACCAUGGUCUGACAGUAAACUUGUGCAACUCUGGGUCAAGAAGUCUGGGGUCAAGAAGUCUGGGGUCAAGAAGUCUGGGGUCAAGAAGUCUGGGGUCAAUAGUUAACUCAACCCCCAGAUUUCAUUGUUAAUUCUCCUUACUGUAUACUAUAUAAUUCUUAUGAUGUUAGUUUGGAGAUUUUGAUAUUGGAUCAACUAAUAAUCCCCUAACUGAGAUUUUUCUUUAUUCUCAAUACUUGUCUGCUUGAUAUUGUAUUGAUAUUAUAGGGAGAAAUUUUGUUUCUGUCACUCCUGGGAGCUAAGGGUUAACUCUCUUGAAUACUGGCAAUCUGUCAGGCAAGCCUUACUGGAUACUGGGGGAAAAGCUUUGAUGGACUAAUGCUGUAUCUGGGGGGAAGCAAUAUUCCAAGGAGACCAGGAUGAGUUUGGGAACCAUAUGCACCACUUUUAAUUGUGAUAUUAUAGAACAAUGCUCAGUCACCAAAGAAUGGGAUAGUUUUGGGUAGUCACAGACAAUGUUAGUGCACUUUUUUUCAAUGGAACAGCUCAGAGCAGCUCUCCUCUGAAGUUUCCAUGAAAUUAUAUUUAAUUCUAAUCUUUAAUAGCUCUUACAUAAUUUGCUUUCAAACAGUUGGUGCUGCUUCAAACAAGCAGCAUUCAGCAAACAAGGAUUCUGCUAAACUGGACCGAGAGACAGAGGAGCUACAUCGUAAGUUCUUCUUUGGAAAUCACAUGUACUAGGUAGUCUGGCAAAUAGAGUUACAUCAAGUAUCAGGGUUCAUUUUUUAAAAAUGAAAUAAUUUUGUUACAAUAAAGCUCUGCAAGUUUAGCAAGGGUAAGUGAGCCAAACCCUGGAUCUUGGAGUUGGCAUAUAAGCUUUGGUGUGGUGUCUGUGUUAUACAGUCCUCACUACCCUUGUCUGAGAGUAGCAUCAGCCAAUAGCAGUCAGGGAAUUCUACAGCGGCACAAUUACGAUAAUUUUUGUAUUGCAUCCAGGGUAAGUAGCAACACUUGAUGUUUCAGAAAACUCUGGUGAUGCAAAACACUCUACAGUUUUCUCUUCUUCCCUGCAUAGACAUUUAGAUCCCUCCAACAGCCUGUUGCUGUUGAUGGUACCAGUACCUGCAUUUGAGAAUCCCUUUAUAUACCUCUGUGUCUGUUUGUGGAAGUUCAAGGGAAUUGCAGAUGAUGAGAUGCACAUUUGCAGUCAUUGCACCACCCUAACUACGACAACAGUUUUGGUUUCCUCAGCUUUUGACAUGCCAGCAACAAAAUCGUUUUGCAGUUAUUGUGUGUUUGAGAUUGACAUGAGAGUCUGAUACCCAGAUUGUCUUGCAGAUGAGAAAGUUUCCCUUGAUGUGGGAAAGCUCAUUCAACAGUCAAGAAUGGGGAAGAAAUUAACACAGAAGGACUUAGCAACAGUAAGAGCUUUAUGGAAACUGUAAACAAUGUUCUACUGUUUUAUGUUCUCCCUUAAAAAAUUUUUUUUCUGUAAUAGAAAAUCAAUGAGAAGCCUCAAGUCAUUAUGGACUAUGAGUCUGGUAAAGCAAUUCCUAAUAAUCAAGUGAUGGGUAAAAUUGAACGAGCAUUGGGUGAGUGUUUCAUAUUUAACCUUCAUGAGUGUACUUUGUUAAAAAAAAAUUGUUACUGUGCUAUUUAAGCAUUACCACCAUAAACUAUAAAUCAAUGGAAAAGUUAUGAAAGGAAUUAUCCAGCAAAAGUUUUUUUGUUUUAACUUGAUCUAAUUGUAAACUGACCUAGGCACAAAACAGACGAUGACUCUGGGCAAUUUAAUCAAGUAUCAAAUCUAACCCCACAAAUUAAACUUCUGCACAAUUUCAUUUUGAAGCGGUUGGUAUUCAAAACCAUGUAGGGCUUUUUUAACAUUCCUCUUGUUUACCUGCAAUCUUUCUGUCAAGUUAAGUUAUCAAAAUUUUACUGAUAUGCAUUACAUCAGAGACCAUUGCAGGAGAUCAAUUUUGAAAAACUGAAAAGCCCUAUAUGGGUUUUUUGAUUGGUAUCUUGUGAGCUUCAACACCAAAUUUCAAGUCAAUCCGUAAAGGUUUCAUACCCUAUUAAUAUGCUGAAGAAGACACACUUGUGUAGAAACGAGGAGGGUUUUUUUUGUUUCCAAAGUUUUGCCAACAUUUCAUGCUCUUGAGUGACCACAUGUCAAGUUUUGUCAACUCUCUGAAAAACUGGAAAUGCCUAUUAGAAACACAGAAGCAGAGUCCUAGGAGACUCUUGGAAAAAUAUGUUUUGCGGGAGACUCUCCUGCCGUUGUGCACAACUGAGCUUCGGUCAAUUCAGAAUGUUGGUAAGAAGAAGAAAUUCAAGGCAUAGGAAAGUUUUGGUGGCACCAUCAAGGUCAACUCCUACUAACCCCAAUGAGGCAGAACUUGUCAAUGGUUGCUGAAGGGUGAGCAGUCAAGAAUGCUCAUACCACAAGCCCUGGUUUUUUUGUUGAGAUUUUUUUUCUCCAUGUCUUAUCAAAUACCUUGAUUUUCUAGCUCUUAUAGCCAGGCUUCUUUAUAGCUUUUAUUUCCUUUUUAUCCUUACCUAUUAUUUCAUGAACUACUAUGAUGAACACGUGUAACUGAAAUAUGAAGGUGCAUAAUACAUAUUAUAUAAUAAGCUCAGUUAUGCACACAUUCUGAUUGGUUCUCACUUAUGAUCUAUUGGAGGACAGAUGCAUAGAUGACGUCAUCAUUAAAACUUUUUUUAAUUCUUUAUUAUAUAAAACAAAUAGAUUCCAAGUUGCCGUGCGUCUGUUUAGUAAUAGAUCACAGAGGACGUCAAAAUGUGGUAAGAACAUCAGUGACACACUCAGCUGCCCCUCGUGUGCCACUUUUUUGUUCUUACCACAUUUUGACGUCAUCUGUGAUCUAUUACUGAACAGAUGCACAGCAACUUGGAGUCUAUUUGUUAAACAGACGACAUCAAAAUGUGUUAGUUAUAAAAAGAGUGGCACAGGAGGCACAGCUAAAUGUGUCACUGAUGUUCUUACCACAUUUUGAAGUAUUCGUUUUUCAUAUGAUGAAAGAGCAAAGUGUUGUUAAUGAUGAUGUUAUAUAUGCAUCUAUCCUUCAAUAGAUCAUUAGUAAGAAUCAAUCAAAUUGUGUAUGUAAUUCAGCUUAUCAUAUAAUUACUUACUGUGACUUGUGUGACUUGCAGUUCUAUGCACAUACAUGCUACGUCUGUGGACAUAUAAGUAAAUGUACUAAUGUCUACCAUCAUCUGAAAAUUUAGGAUGUCAAAAGUAAAACUAGACAACUUGCUUAUAACAGCUAAGUUGAAAAUGUAAAUUGGCCUUAGUAAUGAGGUUCUAAGCUGACAUUAGUCCUUUGUCAGAGCACUCUCAUAAAGGACUAAUGUUCAAAAUUUCUAUUUAAGAAACUCUCUUAGGUGGCUAAUUUAAAUUAUCAACUCAGUUUAUAAAACCAAAUUAUUUUGUAAUACUAAUACCCACCACUGAGGCAGCACAAAAGUUUCUUUAGAAAUUAACCUCCUUUAUUAAAAGUAAAACUAUUUUGAUAAAUUUAAGUCAAGGAAAAAACUGCACCACAGCAAAGUCUUUCAAGGUGACUGCAUAGUGAACAAGUCUGUAUCACUUGCAAGUUGUUUGAACUUAAGAAUCAGGAGUAAAUGAAGAGUUGAUAAGGUUCAGUGUCAUCCAGUGCUGAGUUUUUUUUUUUUUCCUUUUCUCAGGUGUCAAGCUUCGUGGCAAAGAUAAAGGAAUGCCGUUAGUUUCUGGUGGCAAGGGAAGAAAUGAUAUCUAAUGAAAAGUCAAAUUAACCCUUUAUGAACUCCUAAAUAGGUUACAUUCACAUUUGGUUCAAGAAACUAUUCUCAUGAACCAGAGUAAAAGUUUCCAUGUGUAGUUCAGUUAGAGAAUUCACAUAAAGGGUUAUAUUGGUAUCAUUUCUCUCCUUGCCAGUGUUAAAAAAAAAAAGAAAAGAAAAAAAACAGGAUGUAAUACUCAAAGACCAUAUGGUUGAAAAUUUCUGUCAGCUUAAGAUUGCUGUUAAAAUUAUGUUUGGAAAUCUCCCUUCUGCUGCCUUUUGUGCCUUAGGGCUCUUUAUUAAAACUGAUUCACUAACUGUUUAUAAUGUUGUUGUUAUUCUUAUUGUGGUGCUCUGUUGACUUAGAAGAGAAGCAAACAAACAAUGGAAAUUAGUUAGGCCUGUUUGGUAAUCAUGUCAAAAGUAUGAAGUGAAGGAGCAAAAAGGGGCUGUAGCCCAGGAAAAUUGAG